ACGGUGUAGUUAGCUAGUUGUUACGGUUGCAUAACUGUUAGCUAGGUAACGUUUCAUCAUCAGACAGCUUCAUUUUUAGCUUGGUACUGUUGGCUAGCUAAUAGCUCCUGCGAACUAAUUUGAAGCUCUGCUCAAACAGAGUCGAUGUAGGAGUAAAACGACGAUAGUUUUCUAUUUGGUGACCUCACAAGGGAUUCCACAGAUGACCUCACAAGGGAUUCCACAGGUGACCUCACAAGGGAUUCCACAGGUGACCUCACAAGGGAUUCCACAGAUGACCUCACAAGGGAUUCCACAGGUGACCUCACAAGAGAUUCCACAGGUGAACUCACAAGGGAUUCCACAGAUGACCUCACAAGGGAUUCCACAGGUGACCUCACAAGGGAUUCCACAGAUAACCUCACAAGGGAUUCCACUGUUCUGGUGACAGGACCCUGAAAUUGUCUUUGACAGAGACUCAUAAUGCAGCACUUCCCGAGGCUCCCAGUGUGGAAGGAGAUAUAGGAGACCUGUGAAUACACAGGAGAGAGACACACCUCACACUAGUGACAGCUCCAUUCAAUAGCAAGUUGUCAUUUUUAUUUUUACAACAAAAACAAAAAAACAUUCUAACUCUGCUGAGACAAAAUGAGUUCAGAGAAGGAAGCGUUGAUGGAUGAAAUCGAAAAGAGUUUAUGGAAUUUAACUGAGGACAAUUUACGUUACCUGUGUGAACGUCAUGGCAAAGAUGGAUCUGAAAUUAAAGGGAUGAAUCAUCGCUUAUUAAGGCGUAAGGUCAUGGAGGAAAUGUGGGACAAUACGGAUUCAAUGAAAUCAGAGGAGCAGGGAAUGUCUUGGUUAGUCCAACUGAAAGAGGACAUCAGGAGGACACAGGAGGAGGGUAGCAGUGCACUCAUGAGUCCCAGCCAAUCGGAGGAUGUAGACCGCAAUGAAGAACACAACAAGGGGGGCAGGGAUUGGUUGCCGAGCAAUGGACUGACAGCGGAACCCUUGCAUCCCAGCCAAUGUGAUGAUGAUGCUGUAGACUGCGAUGAAGAAUGGAAUGAAGAGGGAGGAGCUGGGUUGCUUAGCAACACACCAGACCAGAGUAAAUUAAAGAGGCACAUCAGAUCGCACACUGUUGAACAACACACAGUGAAUCCCUCAGUGAAACCUCACCACUGCUCAGAUUGUGGGAAACAGUUCAUUGUCAAAUCAAGCCUUAAACAUCACCGGCUAGUUUUUCACACAGAUCACCCUCACCGCUGUGGUCAAUGUAAGAAGAGCUUCAUAACUGCAGGAAGGCUAGAAUCGCACACAAAAACACGACACCCACCAAGUGAUCCUCUGAAGAACCCACACGUGUGCUCUAAAUGCGGUAGGGCAUUCCCUGUGGCUGCCAGUCUUAAGAGACACCUGAGAACUCAUACUGGGGAGAAACCGUACGUCUGCCCCCAGUGUGGAAAGGACUACAGUGACUGUGGAAACUUGAGGAAACACAUGAGAAGAACUCACCCAGUAGAGGAGAUGGUUGUGGAGAGUUUCGCCACUCAGAGGAGCAUCCCUACAGGGAAUGUGGAGGAAAUGCAGGACAAUACGGAUUCAAUUAAAUCGGAGGAGCAGGGAACAUCUUGGUCACUCCAACUGAAAGAGGACCUCAAAGGGAUACAGGAGAAUGGUAGCGUUGUACCCAUCAGUCCCAGCCAAUCCGAUGACGAUGGUGCUGAUGACGACGAUGAUGAUGACGAUGAUGCUGUAGACUGCAACGUUAAGGACAGGGAUUGGUUGCCUAGCAACGGACUGAAGGCGGAGCCCAUGAGUCCCAGCCAAUCCGAUGACGCUGUAGACUGGGACGAGGAGGACAGGGAUUGGAUGGCUAGCGAUGGGCUGGAGGUGGAGUUGUCUCCAGAGAGACACACACCAGAGCAGAGAGUGAGAGAGGACAAACCUCCCCCGCCCCCCUUUGCCCUCCCAGAGUCCCCGGUAGCGGUCCCCGGUGCCUCUCCCGGUAGCGCCUUAUUGUGCGGUCUGAAGAGGGUGUCCGUGCGGCUGGUCGACUGCAGGAAGACACCGGGGCAGAGUAGUCAUAUAAUACACAAGACAACACAGACGGGAGAGAAACCCCACAGCUGGUCUAAUGCUGAACAACACAAAACCCUCUCAGGAGACAGGCCUGGCUCCCAUAUCUGUGAUCACUGUGGGAAGAAUUUUGUCACAGCUACAAAUCUGAAAACACAUUUACCGUGUCUGUCUGGAGAGAAACCUUACAUGUGCUCUGAAUGCGGAAAGAGAUUCACGCAGGCCGGCUGUCUUAAGAGACACCUGAGAACUCAUACUGGGGAGAAACCGUACGUCUGUCCUAUGUGUGGGAAGGCUUGUACUGAUUCUGGAAACUUAAAGAGACACAUCAGAAAAACUCACCCAGGAGAGGAGGUCAUUGUGAAGAGACUUGCCUAUCAGAAGAGCGUUCGUAAUGCUAAAGAAUACAAACAAGCCCACUCCGGAGAUGGCUCUCAUAUCUGUGAUCACUGUGGUAAGAAUUUUACCACAGCAAGAAGUCUAAAACUACACAUACAGUCCCUGCAGAGAAGGAGAGAGAACUUGACUGCAGAGAAAGCUCAUGUGUGCUCUGAAUGUGGAAAGGGCUUCCAUCAGGCUGGAAGUCUUAAGAGACACCUGAGAACUCAUACUGGGGAGAAACCGUACGUCUGCCAUCAUUGUGGGAAGGCUUGCAGUGAUUCUGGAAACUUACAGAAACACAUCAAAAGUCACAUGGGUAAACAACACACAGUGAAACCUUACCUCUGCUCUGAAUGUGGGAAACAGUUCAUUGGAAAACAAAGCCUUGAACAUCACCGGGAGGUUUUUCACACAGAUCACCCUCACCGCUGUGGUCAAUGUAAGAAGAGCUUCAUAACUGCAGCAAGAUUGGAAUCGCACAUAAAAACACGACACCCGCCAAGUGAUCCUCUGAAGAAUCCACACGUGUGCUUGGAAUGCGGAAGGGGAUUCCCUGUGGCCGCCAGUCUUAAAAGACACCUGAGAAUCCAUACUGGGGAGAAACCGUACUCCUGCCCUCAGUGUGGAAACAGUUACAAUGAUCGUGGAAAUUUAAAGAAACACAUCAGAACUCACACAGAAGAGAAACCCUACCACUGCUCGGUGUGUGGGAUGAAGUUUCGUCAUACAAAAACGUUACAACGGCAUCACCAGGAGAACCACAAGGGGGAGACACUGGGUCCCAUCCACAGACACCAAGACCCUCUUCCAUGCCCCCACUGCGGGGAGGAGUUCUCAUCCAAGGCUCUUCUGAAGGAUCAUCUACGGACCCACUCUAGCCGGGUUCACUGCUCCCGAUGCGACAAGACCUUCUCCACUAAAAGUAACUUACUGGUUCAUCAGCGGAUACACACUGGAGAGAGGCCUUACCUUUGCCCUCAGUGUGGGAAGAGUUUUUCUCUGGCAGGGAGUUUAAAACUUCAUCUCCGGAUUCAUGCAGGUGAGAAACCUUACUGCUGUACUUACUGUGACAAGAGAUUCACAAGUAAGAGUCACUGCAAUCUUCAUCUGCGAAUCCACACUGGAGAGAAGCCGUACCAAUGCCCUGACUGCGGGAGGUGUUUCGCUGACGGGAAUGUCCUGAAAAACCACAGGCGGACCCACACAGGAGAGAAACCGUUCCAGUGCCGCUUGUGUGAUAAAGCCUUCGCCCAGUUGAGCAGUCUGAAGAAACAUCAGGAGACACACAGGCAAACUCAGCCUGUCUCUGUCCCAAGACUCCCUAAUCCCUACCCACCACCCAAUCAGCAUGUCCCUUAUCCCUACCCAUCACAGAUUCAAUGGUAACCUGGUUUACACCUUACCAAGUUGUCCGGUGUCCUGUUACCUAGUGACCUAUCUGUUACCUGGUGACCUAUCUGUUACCUGGUGACCUAUCUGUUACCUGGUGACCUAUCUGUUACCUGGUGACCUAUCUGUUACCUGGUGACCUAUCUGUUACCUGGUGACCUAUCUGUUACCUGGUGACCUAUCUGUUACCUGGUGACCUAUCUGUUACCUGGUAACCUAUCUGUUACCUGGUAACCUAUCUGUUACCAGGUCCCAGAUAGGAAGGAUGCAUUUCUAACGUAUUGGGACAGGAUCCUAGACUCAGUCUGUCCCAAAACCCAACCUACUCAUGCACUCAGUGAAUGGUAAGCUUGCUUAAACCUGUCCAAUCCCUUGUAGAUAACUAGAUGGAAAUGAAUUGAAGGAUCCAUUUUCUUUUCUUUUGUUAUGAUUUUAUUGAGGCAGGUUUGCAGUCAGGCCAACUAACCUAAGGCCAGUCUCCUGGGUUGGAGACGGUGAGUAGAGAGAUGUGUGGCACAUGCAGUCAUUGAGGAUUGCUAUGCUGUAUAUAGAGCUUGGAAUAGAAUGGUAUUUUGUCCAUCUGUCUCAAAAUAAUGAUUUUGAUCAAAGUUCAUAUUUUAUCUCCAGAGUUUUUUGUAUUCACAGUUGAUAUUUGGAUAUGUUGUUCAUUUUUAAAAAGUGUUUAAAAAUCAUGGCCGAACCUCAACUGGUGGAAAUAAAAUGGUGACAAGGA